UUGUGCCACUUCAAAGCCUGGGAAUGGCUCUCUUGACCCCACCCACUCCAGGUCUCCCCUUAAAAGUCACGGUCACCCUGUCCUGCAGGACCUGAAACCUCUGAAAUAUCUUUUCUCUCAAGACUGAGUAACUUCCUGACUCUUCGAGCUGCUGGAUUUCAGAUUUUUUUUUCUCUCUCUCUCUUAUUUUGUCUUACGCAUGAAGGAGGGAGAGCAGCGCUGAAGAAACACCUUGGAUAUCACUGAUAUUUGGAUUGCUCACUGACCAUCUGUGCAUGAACCUUUUCAAGCAUUUUCUGUGCCACUGCUAAACCUGAAGAAUGCAGUCCUUAAGAGACUUGAAGCCCAACUUCAACGGCCCUCCUCCGCCCUCCAUGGCUGCUGGCCCUGAUGCUUAUCUCCAGGGUAACAUCAGGAUGACCCUGGAGGACCCUGAACUCUGGAAGAGUUUUCAUGACAUAGGGACAGAGAUGAUCAUCACUAAACCCGGAAGGAGAAUGUUUCCACACUGUAAAGUGAAUCUCUCCGGCCUUAUUCCAUGUGCUAAGUACAUCCUGCUGGUUGACAUGGUCCCUGAGGACGGUUUCAGGUAUAAGUGGAAUAAAGAGAAAUGGGAGGUGGCAGGAAAAGCGGAGCCCCAGCCUCCCUGCAGGACCUACCUCCACCCGGACUCUCCAGCCCUGGGGAGCCACUGGAUGAAGCAAUCCGUCUCCUUCCUCAAGCUCAAACUUACCAACAACACACUCGACCAGCACGGCCAUAUAAUUUUACAUUCCAUGCAUCGGUACCACCCGCGCUUCCACAUCGUCCAGGCAGACGACCUGUUCAGUGUCCGCUGGAGUGUUUUUCAGACCUUCACCUUCCCAGAGACUUCGUUUACAGCAGUCACCGCUUACCAGAACACCAAGAUUACAAAGCUUAAGAUUGAUCACAACCCAUUUGCAAAAGGUUUCAGAGAGGAGGGCACAUGUAAAAAAAGGCGUGCAAACAAGAACCCAGCCUGCCUUGAAAAGCAACCGAAGAGGUCAGACAUCGUGAACAGGGACUUGGAGGAGGACAUUCCACAAGAUUUCUGUCAGUCAUCAUAUGAGGGUUAUGAUGCAGAGGAAGGGGAGCUGCCUAAAAGGAAAGAGGCUGCCAUCAAAGAUGAGCGUUACUCACCGUGGGCUGCUGAGAGGGAUCAGAGAGGGAGGACUGAAUCUCCUGCUGGGGCAGACGCAAGAGACAUGUACAACGCAGAGCAGCUUGUUCCUGCUCCUGCUUCCUACCAGCCGUACAGGUUCCACGAGUAUGGGAAGUCUCCUUCUCCGUCCUCCAGCAUCGGCAGCAGCCACAGUAGUUCCGAACGCUUUGAGUCCAGGGUCUCCGAUGUCGCCACCGUCCCCGAUCAUGACUCAUCAAAACCCCGUACACAUGAGAUUGGCCCUUCCCCCUGUGGCCCCCAGGACUACACCGGGGUACUCAACAUGACCAUGGCCCAGGCUGGCAAGCCAGGGGUCAUCGGCCAUCACAUCUACAGCCCCUACAGUGCUGAGCAGCCCCUGGGCCAGUGGAGCGGGCCCUGUCCCACCCAGUAUCCACCUCCUCACCACCUGACUGCUGACUACACCACGCAAGCUGUGCACCACGGCUAUCACCAUGGCAACGUGGCUGAGUGGAGCCAGUACCCGCUGUUCUCUUACUCGUGCUGGUGAGGGGAUAACUGACUGAGAGGGACUUGAUGGGAAGUGAUGCUGCUGCGCCAUCUUGCCAGAAUGCUGAUGCAGUGCUCACAGCUAUGAGAAUGCAUGCCCAGACAAGGCUGAGGGCCUGAGGCCUGCGACGAGAAUAUCAUAACUGAAAGAUGAAAAGUAUCAGGAGCUCCCCUGUCACCAGUCUUCUGCACAGACUGUCAGGAUUCAGACUCCAGUUAUUGUGAGUGCAACAUUUGUGUUCUGCACCAUGCUGAAGGAUUGUUUAAUUUACUGUCUAUUUAUUUUGUAUUUCAUCUCAUGUUCAAGUGUAAAUAUUAUUUUUGUAAAAAAUAAAAAUAAAUAAACAUAAGUUGUGCAAUUUAUGUCCUUCUUCAAGUUGUGAUGUGAUCUGAAAAUAAAAGUCUAAAAGUAA